AUGCACGCAAGGGAGUCGUCGGGGAGACUUCGUACUAGUUACCGACCUCAUGGCUUAACACUGUCUGUCUCUGCACCUCUGCAGCUGCACUUACUACACCAUCUUCUGUUAACGCUUGCGAAAAUGACAGUCACUAAUUGCGAGGCGCCACCACCUUAUACGGCGAAAGAGGUUAAAGCUCAAAAGCACCAGCUAUCUGACGCGGAAACCACCAAAUCUGCUGAUUCAACUACAAAAGAUGUACCUGCGCCUCCGCUCGACUCCGCCGGCUACCUUGCUCCUGAGAAUUGUUUUAACCUCAAGAUUGGCACCGUCUUUAAUGAUUUGAAUGACCCGCAUCAAGGUGGCCUAUACCAAGUCGAGAAGAGACUUUUUUUCGUCAAUAAGGGCAGGGAUAUUCAGCGGCCGGAGUAUACAUUCCACGUCCCGUAUUACACGAUAAAUUCCAACAGGAUGCUCGAUUGGCUUCGUUCGUCUUUCAACAUUCAGAGAACAACAUACGACAUAAAGCAGCUCCGUCUCACUGAAUGCUGUGUAGACGUGGAUCUCGAAAAGAGACUUGGGCAGGAUCAACAGCUCAAGGAAUUCGUCAAGAACUCUCCCAAGCAGCAGGCGUUCUUCGUCUAUGGGAUCGCUUGGGGCAAAAAAGUGCGAAUAACUUCCAGUCGUAGGAGCGACCAUAGAACUCGGGUUGGGAACCCUGGCCUCUUUUACGAAUACUCAAAGAAGAUUUCACUAAAGAUGCCACACAAAGCCAGCAGCGUUUUCUGUGCUGAGGAGUAG